GACAAACUGUUGAGUUACGUGAUGAGACGGGAUGAACCAACUCAUUCAGGGUGGCAGUGAGACAUUUGAGGCAAGAGCGCAAAAUUGAUCAGCGUAAGUGAAAAGAGGGCACCAGAAUUGUACCUUCAACGACCGAGUAUCACUACGUGUCUGGAACUCAGCUGUCAACUGUCACUCCGACGUUCAUCUCAUACAAGUAUACUGCGAUUGCUUUCGGUGGACGAAUUUACGUGAUCAGAUUUGGUUCAAUACAAAUCCCCACUUGCACACCAGAGACCAAACAGUGGAAGACCAACGUCAAUUACCAGAGUUAUAAUUAAAGGACAAGAAGCGAGUUCAUCAAGCGACAUACCCCUGCCCUCAACAACCUUGUAGAAUCAGUCAACGUUAAGAGUGAAGAACGUGAAGCGCAGGCUUUUACAGAAUUGCUCUUCAGGUGAAUGUCUCAUCCAGUAAGGGAAUUUGUUAGACGUAUAUCAACCCUCGAUGUGGAACAAUAUCCGGAAUGGGAUCUGACGGCGCCGCUUCCACGACUACCUGUACCGCUAUUGAAGAACACGCUUGAUCGAUAUCUCCGACUUGUGGCUCCUGUUGUCUCCGCAGAUGUGUACCAAAGGACCAGAAGAAUAGUAGAAGAUUUUGGACGUCCAGGCGGUGAAGGCGAAAAGCUGCAAGAGCUGUUGGAGAAGUAUGCCGAAACCAAAGUGAACUGGGUAACAGACUGGUGGUUGGAUGAUAUGUACCUGUGCAACCCAUUACCUUUACCUGUCAACUCGAAUCCCGGCAUGGUAUUCCCAAGACAUACGUUUAUCAGUGCAAGGCAACAGCUGAGAUUCGCUGCUCAGCUUAUUUCUGGCAUCCUGGACUACAAGACCAUCUUGGACACGCGCUCUCUUCCCAUCGAUCGAGCCAGACAUAGUCGCAAGGGCCAGCCCAUGUGUAUGGAUCAGUAUUAUCGGCUGUUCACUUCGUAUCGAUAUCCGGGGAAAACCAAGGACGCGUUAGUAACAGUUUCAGAAAGAGAUCCAUUCGAUUCGGAGUACAUUUGUGUAGUCUGUUUGGAUCAGCUUUUCAUCAUGGAAGUGGUCACAAAUGGGACAAGGUUAUCCGAAGAAGACAUAUAUAAUCAGCUACGUCGUAUUGUGCAAUUCGCCGAAGAAGUUGUCAGCGGGGAGAAUGAUGCAUUUGCUCAACCGAGAGUUGGCGCACUCACAGCAAUGCGAAGAAAUGAAUGGGCCGAUGUCAGGGAACGCAUGUCCAAGGACCCAAAGAAUAAAGAGAAUUUGGAAGCGAUCGCCUGCUCCAUGUUCGUGCUCUGCCUGGAUCAGCCGAUUGGCCCCGUUCGCGAAUUGGAAGAAGUAGUCGACUUGAAUGGAUCCAUCGAUGAGCUGUCAGAAGAGGAUGCGGAAGUAGAACGUGAUGACGUCUCAUUGGCGCUUCAGCUGUUACAUGGCAUGGGAAGCAAGUUUAAUGCGGCAAAUCGAUGGUAUGACAAAACGAUGCAGUUCAUCAUAUCCAGAGACGGAAAUUGUGGACUGAAUUACGAACAUUCGGUGGCUGAGGGAAUUGCGGUCAUCCGCCUAAUCGAACACAUUCUCCAAUACAUGCAAGAAGUGAAACGCUGGAGGCUUGUUCGUUUUCCCUCUCUGUGCGAACAAGCAACUCCGAAACGGUUAGAAUGGAACUUGGAUCAACACACACAGAACACCAUAACCAAGGCGUUGGCGGACAUUGACAAGCUUGCCGAAGACCUUGAUCUAUAUAUCCUCCGGUACAAUGAAUACGGAAGAGAGUUUCCAAAAACAGUAAAUAUGAGCCCGGAUUCGUUCAUCCAGUUGGCGCUGCAGUUAGCGCAUUUCAAACUACAUAAUUAUUUGGUUCCAACGUACGAAAGUGCCUCAACCCGACGAUUCGCCCUGGCUCGUGUGGACAAUAUUCGAGCGUGUUCCAUGCCAGCUCUGGAGUGGUGCAAGGCAAUGACAGGUCAGACAAAGUGCACGACUGACGAAAAAAUUCGGCUGUUACGAAAGGCUAUGGAUUGGCAGACAGAAAUUAUGCUGGAAACGAUUCUCGGUCACGGAGUGGACAAUCACUUGCUCGGUUUGCGCCAAAUCGCGUCGAUCAAUGGUAUGCGGCUACCGGAGAUUUUCAGAGAUGAGGCCUACCUAGAAGCCAACCGAUUUCGCUUAUCCACGAGUCAGGUCCCAACAACCAUGGACGCGUUCAUGUGCUAUGGGGCAGUUGUACCAAAUGGGUAUGGGGCGGCAUACAAUCCCCAUCCGGACAACGUGGUGGUGGUUAUUUCAUGUUGGCGUACGAACCCGGAGAACAGUGCGGUCAAGUUCGCCAACAUGCUCACUGCAGCAUUCACCGAGAUGCGUGAUUUAGUCAAGUCGAAUGUGGAUCUUGCCAAAGCACCAUCGAAAGAACCGGUAGAAUGGAGUAUCGCCAAGUCGCUCGGUGCUGACAUGUCUGGCUGCGUGUGAGGUCGACGCGGGACGGCAAAUCAACUGGAUGGUCGCAAGGAUCCAAAUUAUUUUCCCAACAUUUAUACACCUUUAGAUUUGUAUUCACUAUACCUAAAGCCACAGUAAACUAGUGGUGAAUUUUUCCAUAGAAGAGUCAUAUCAGUUGGAUUUUCAUGUGCAAAUCAUUGAGGAAAGACACUUCUCUGCUAUUCAAAAUGUUCCACAUGUCAAAUAGUGAAAGUUAGACGAGUAAUGUACACCGUACCGGAAGAAGUGGCUUAUAGUUGUGCAAUUUUUUACGCGCCCAUGUAUUCUUUACCCAAUCGACAAAUAUCUUCGCUGAGACCAAAGGGAUAAAUAAGUUCCCAAUGGCCAUUCGACGUGACACCAAUCCCUCAAACUUUUCAGGUUGUGAUUUGUACAGAAUAAAAUCGGAAAGCGCCGAUGUACAAGAGACCACAGCGCUAAUAUUUUCAACACUUUAACUACCUUAUGACAUUGUAACACCUUGAUGCAAUUUUUGUUUUGAUAUCAUCUUUUACCAUAUGCUUAACCUAGAUUAUUGGCACCGAUUGUCACGGCCAGAUAAUUGUUAUUAUGCCCAGGUAGCAUACUUCAUAUUCUGAGAUUAUACACAUACAUAUUUGAUUCACAUGUAUCGUGCACGAAUUUACUGUUGGCACAGUACCAGUUAUUAAUACGCUUACGUCAGCUUCUCAAUAAAUUUGCAAUCGAGACCCA